UUUGUUUAUUUGUUUAUUUAAAAGGAUCCCCAUUAGCUGACGCUGAGACGACAGCUAGUCUUCCUGGGGUCCAAAAAAUAAAAAAAAUACAUAAAAGAACAGUAAUCACAAUCACAAUUACUCACAUAUAUGAAUACACACAAAAGACAAGAAAAAGUAACAAUUCUGAAAGUACUGAUUAAAGUAAUAAAAAAUAAUGCAAAACACCAGGACACAUGAUACAACCUCGCUCAACCAUCCCAGACGAUGAUGCUAAAAACAAAUGCAGUCUUAAUCUUUUUUUAAACCAGUUUUUCCCUUGAUUUCACGAACCCCAACUGGAAGAUUGUUCCAAAGCACAAUUGACCUAUAAAACACGGCCCUCUUCAUAGAGUCAGAUUCAGGUAGGGGUAAAGACAUCUGAUUAUUGACUAUUCGCCCCUCUUGUGUUAUGUGAAUGCAUAUCUGAAUAGUAAAUUAUAUUGUCAUAAAGAAAUUUAGGAAUGCGGGUGUUAAUGAUUUUAUGAAAAUAUGCUAACAUAUUAGCAGAUAGUCUGUGCUUGACCAGCAGCCAAGCAAGACGGUCAUGCAUCUCUGCAGUUCGCAAAGAACAACCAAGAACCAGUCUUGCAGCCUUAUUUUUGAGCCACUUGUAAUUGUUUUAAAUGACUGCUUGCUGCAGCACACCGUACAACACAACAGUAAUCCAGAUCAACAACUGUGAAUUUAGAAAUUGACCAUGACAAUGUGGGAUCCAGCCAAAGUCCAAGAAGCUUCACCUUUUUUACCUGCUGUACAUUUUGACCAUUUACUUGUAUAUUAAUUUUCGGAUUAUCAGAUAGUCUAUGCUUAGAGCCAAAUAUAUAUUACUGUGAUUGACAGGUGUCUAAUAGAGCAUAAAGCGGGGGUGCUUUAGGGCGGGGCUACACGCUGAUUAACGGUACAAUGGAAACCCGUUGCUGUUCAUUCAGUCCUUCCUUGAAAACGUCUGUGUCUUUCUGCUGCUCCAGAACCUUUUCACCCGUUUCACUUCCUCUCCGCCUCCCCGGCGCCUCCACGAUGGAUUUGGUGAUCUUCCUUUACAGAAAAAGGCACUUCUGCAAACGUUGGUGUCAGGCGUUGGUCAGACAUCCGCUGCGUGUCAUUAGUUGAGGAUCAUUUACAGUUCACAGGUUGGAUUUAUCACGUCAGCUCACAGUCGCCAUGGCUCAUUCUUCUUCUGCGCUGCCCUCAUUGUUAAACCUUCCAGCGCGCCCUGAGAGCGCGCGCCGCGGACGGAGGCCCCCGGCUUCCUGUUUGUGUGCAGCGGUCAGCUGCUGAAGAGGUCUCACGGGGUGAUUGACGAGGCGCUGCGAUCCCCGUGGGCAUCGACGUGCAGGUGGAGAGCAUCGACAGCAUCUCAGAGGUCAACAUGAGGAAUAUUUCUGCUCCGGUCCUUGAAUGAAGCGCACCCCUCCUCCUGGUCUCCUCCCUCAGGACUUCACCAUGACGCUGUACCUGCGUCACUACUGGAGGGACGAGCGGCUGGCCUUCCCCUCCCGCACCAAUCGCAGCAGGACCUUCGACUCGCGCCUGGUGAAGAAGAUCUGGGUCCCCGACGUCUUCUUCGUCCACUCCAAGGGCUCCUUCAUCCACGACACCACCACGGAGAACAUCAUGCUGAGGGUCUACCCCGACGGGAACAUCCUGUACAGCGUCAGGGUGACGGUGACGUCGCUCUGCUCGAUGGACUUCAGCAGCUUCCCUCUGGACACACAGAACUGCUCACUGGAGCUGGAGAGCUAUGCCCCCCCCACACACACAGAUGCGUACAACGAGAACGACCUGAUGCUCUACUGGAAGAACGGGAACGACUCUCUGAGGACGGACGAGAUCGUCUUGUCCCAGUUCUUCAUCGAGCACUUCCAGGCCUCCAGUGGCCUCGCCUUCUACAGCAGCACCGGGUGGUACAACCGUCUCUUCAUCAACUUCAUCCUGCAGAGGCACAUCUUCUUCUUCAUGCUGCAGACCUACUUCCCCACCAUGCUGAUGGUGGUCCUGUCCUGGGUCUCCUUCUGGAUCGACCGGAGGGCCGUGCCCGCACGCGUCUCCCUAGGUAUCACCACAGUGCUCACCAUGUCCACCAUCAUCACCGGAGUCUCCUCCUCCAUGCCUCAGGUGUCCUACGUGAAGGCGGUGGACAUCUACCUGUGGACCAGCUUCCUGUUUGUCUUCCUGUCCGUCAUCGAGUACGCGGCGGUGAACUACUGCACCACCCUGGAGGAGAUGAGGAAGAUGAAGAGGGGGAAGAUCCCGUCCACCUUCAACGCCAGCCAGGCCAUGGCGUUCGACGGCUGUUUCCAUGACAACGACGUGGAGCUGACCCCGUUCUCCCGGGCGGCGCCGGCCCUGACCUCCGACCCCCUCGAGGUGCCGCCCGGGGCCCCGGAGGGGACCCGCCUGCGCCGGCAGCGCUCGGUGCGCCAGAACGUGGACCUGUUCGUCAGCAACAGCUACCUGGUGGACUCGUACUCGCGCGUGGUCUUCCCUCUGUCCUACCUGCUCUUCAACACCAUCUACUGGAGCCUGUACACCUGAGCCGGCCAGAGAGCAUGCUGGGGGAUUCCCCGCGCGCGCACCUCGCAGCAUCCACUGCGAUCAGCCACGCUCACGCACGGAGCGGGAACUCUGCGUCUGUUUGUUUAAUAAACUGUACGAGGGAUUGUUAUUUUAUACUCUGAUAUUUCACUGGUCAGCUGCAGAGAAACACUAGUGAGAUAUUUAUAUGGUGAUGUUCACAUACUCUAUGUGUGCUUUAGUUUAUUUAAAGUGGAUUCAUGGUUGUUGGUUUUUAUACAAUUUCGAAUUAGCAGCCUGCAAAGACGUGACAAUUAAAAAAACAUGACUGCUCUUUUACAAUUGUUAUAAGUCUAUUUAGACUAUUUUAUGUUAACAGUAGAAAUAUUUAAACAAAUAUUAAAAGGGUUCCAAUUCUGAAAAUGAAAGAAUAUCUGAUUUUUAUCAGGAUCAGAAAUCAGGAAUGAUGGUCAAAGAUAGAAAUAACAUAAAAGUAUUACAUUUUUAUGACAUAUUUUGUACCUUAAAGCACAUUUAUGACACGUUGAGUAUUUCUAUAACUAUUUUAGGAAUAUGGACUUUUAGACAGUUUCUUCCGGAUCCCUCCCUCGUGGUGGAGUAGUUUAUUCGAUGAAAUUAAAAAGUGCAAAUUGA